CUUGGGCCAAUGGGCGCGCGCCGUCUUUGUCCUCCCUCCCCUCCCUCUCUCUCUCGCUUGGUCAGGUGACGCCUCUUCCGCUUGCUCCAGGUGGGGCGGCAGGAAAAAGAGGGCAGAGUGACUCCCUCUCAGGAUGGCCCAGAAGAAACUGGUCGUGGUCUUUGGAGCCACAGGCGCUCAGGGAGGCUCCGUGGCCAGGGCCCUUCUCGAAGAUGCUACCUUCCAGGUGCGAGCCAUCACCCGGAAGCCCCGCCAGAGAGCUGCCCAAGAGCUGAAAGGAAUGGGAGCAGAAGUGGUGAGGGCAGACCUGGAUGAUGUGCAGAGCCUGGAGCCGGCCCUGAUGGGCGCCUACGCUGCCUUCCUUGUGACUGACUUCUGGGAGCAUCAGAACAAGGAGCAGGAGGUUGCGCAGGGAAAGCGCGUAGCAGACCUGGCGAAGCGCCUCUCCUUGAGCUACGUCGUCUACAGCGGCCUUGAAUACGUGCAGAAGCUGACGGGUGGGCAGCUGGAGGUGCCGCACUUUGAUGGCAAAGGCGAGGUGGAAGAGUAUUUCCGGGCUAUUGAGGUGCCCAUGACCAGUCUGAGGAUGCCCUCCUACUUUGAGAACUUCCUCACUGUCUUCAGACCCCAGAAGACCACAGAUGAAGACUGCUACGAACUAGCUCUUCCUGUGGGGGAGGUGCCUGUGCACGGCAUGGCGGUCGCUGACCUUGGGCCGGUGGUGGUUCAACUGAUGAAGGAGCCGGAGAGGUACAUAGGCAAGGAUAUCGGGCUGAGCACGUGCAAACUCACCAUGGCAGAGUAUGCAGCUUUGAUAGCAAAGCACAGCGGGAAGACUGUGCGAGACGCUCAGAUCUCACUUGAAUCCUAUGAAAAACUAGACUUCCCAGGCACCCAAGAGCUUGCCAACAUGUUCCGCUUCUUCACCAUGGGGCUAGUUCGUGAUAUCUCCUUGACCCUGACGCUCAACCCAAAAGCCAGAACCUUUGAGGAAUGGAUGGAAGAGGAAGGAGCUGCUCUAAAGGACCUGUAACGGAGGGAGGGUGGAGGCCACAGGCCCAUUGCCACUAAUCACUUCUCCCCCUAUUAAAUAAAAAGAACUACUUUGACCACU